GGAAAUUACACGAGAACUCACACGUCACUUACGUGCUCGGCACCGCGACUGAAAACUCGUAUGUGAUUGGUCCAGGCGUGUUCCGCUUGACGUGCGCAGUCCAGGCGAGUCACCUUGCUGUACACAGUAGCAGCCGUAUAUCAGCGGAGCGGCAGAAGCGAAGGUGUCCUCCAGAAACCCAAACCAGCACUGCAGCCAUGGCAGCCGCAGCGGACACGGCCAAACCCAGGCCCAAAACCUCGCCCAAAUCUAUUAAGUUUCUCUUCGGUGGCUUGGCUGGUUCUGUUGUGAAUGAAUUUGCAGGCCCAGAGGAAGCCUGUUUCUUGUCCAGGUUGCCUGCAGAUCAAAGGAGGGGUUACACAAAUGUCUUCAAUGCCCUCGUCAGAAUUACUAGGGAGGAGGGAGUGUCCACACUCUGGAGGGGUUGCGUACCCACCAUGGCUAGAGCAGUUGUUGUGAACGCAGCCCAACUUGCUUCAUAUUCCCAGUCCAAACAAGCACUGUUGGACUCUGGAUAUUUCAGAGAUGAUAUCCUGUGUCAUUUCUGUGCCAGUAUGAUCAGUGGACUUGUCACCACUGCUGCUUCCAUGCCAGUAGACAUUGUUAAGACCAGAAUCCAGAACAUGAGAAUGAUUGAUGGGAAGCCAGAGUACAAAAAUGGUUUGGAUGUAUUGGUGACGGUCAUAAGGAAGGAAGGAUUCUUCAGUCUGUGGAAGGGUUUUACUCCUUAUUACGCUCGUCUCGGGCCACACACAGUUCUCACCUUCAUCUUCCUGGAGCAGAUGAACAAAUUCUACAAGAUCUAUUUCCUUGACUCCUAGAUUUGCCCUGAAGGUCAUCGGUGGACAGCACAGGCCAUAUUUCCACAUUGUGUUUCUCUCC